AUGGAUCAGUAGAAUUUAAAUAACUUAGAGUUUCCUGAAGAAAUAUUAGAAUUUGUAAAUAAAAUAAUUGAGUAAAAUAAACUCAAUGAAAAAACAACUGAAGUAGAUGGUAAUUAUGACCCUUAAUAUGAUUAAGAUGAAGACUCUUUGACUAUUAAUGAUCCAAAUUUUUUGAAAAAAUUAUAAGAAUAUGAUGAAAAAUAUGAAGAAUAAAAUCAAGAAGAUAAUAAAAUUGAUAUUGAAAUAGAAUAAGUAAGAGAAGAAGCUGGACAAAUUAAUUCAGUAAAUUAAUCGUAUAAAUAAGAGUUAACUUACGAAGAAAAAUUGAAAUGGAUUGACGAUGUAUUUAAUGCUGAUUAUUUUAAACAUGAAGAUCAUAAUCAAGAUAGAAUUCAAGACGAAUAAAGUUAAGAUUCUAAUGAUGAAGACGAUAUUUAUUAAAUGGAAAAAUAGUUUUUUGAAAAAAUAAAAUAAUAACAAAGAGAAGAAGAGGAAAAGAGAUAGGCCUAAGCUGAAAAAAAUAGAAAAUUGUAUGAAGAAAUAGUAGGAGAAAAGCAUCGUAAAGUUUAAAUUAUUGUCCUAUCUAGCACUUCAUCUAGCCAAUAGUCGUCUCCUAAAAAUAAUUCUAGGCUAGAUAAUGACAAAGAAGAGAAUAAUACAGAGUAUUAAGAGGGCAGUAAUAUGACAGGAAUAGAAUAAAAUAAUAAUAAAAUAGACUAAAAUGCAGCUUUUGACUAAUUCUGUGUAAAGGAAGAAUACUUUUCUGAUGAAGAAAGGGAGUCAUUAUAGAAUGAAAAAAUAGACACAAUAAUGGACUAAGAAAAUAAAGAAAUAGAAAAUAAGGAAAAAGACUAUAUAGACGAAAUUUAAAAUUUGUAUCAGUAAGAUAAAAAUGAAUUUAUGAAUGCAUAUUCAAAAGAUGCUAACAGUGAUCAAUAUUCAAAUCAAAGAUAAGAAAAUUUAGAAGCCUUUUCUUACUAAGAUUCAAACAAUAUUAAUGACUAUGAAAAAGAGCUUGAAGAUUUAUUUGAUAGAUUAAACAUAAAAUGA